AUGCACAAGACGGUGCUCGCGAUGCUCGGCGGCGCCGCCCUCGCGCUGGCGGCACCAGAUGACGGGGACCCGCUGCAUAACUGGUGCAACACCCUGAGCACCGACGACAGGGCCCAGACAUGCUACUGCUCCGCCUUCUGGAUGGCGGGGUACGCGAACGCCGACGUGCAGUUCAAGACGGAUUGCCAGCUCGCUUCGAUGAACAAGCUAUUCGACGGCGCCGAAUUGGCGCUCAAGUCCGGCCUGGACUCAUUCAUGUCGCCGGUGGAUGCCGAAUACAACGGCGGGCAGUGGACGCACAACAUAACCAUCGUCUUCACCGCCGUCAAAGACCGCGAAUGGCCGACCGACUAUCGCGUCGGCACACUUCGGGCCCUCCGUCGGGCAUCGUACGAGAGCGCCCGGCUGGACGGCAACAUGAAGUGGUAUGUGCGUGAGUCGACGCAGUACUGGAACUGGACCCCCGACCAGUGCUGGCGGAAUACCCAAUGCGGAUUCUUUAAAACCUGUGCCUUUUCGCAGGGCGGGUACCUCGACAUCCUCGUCGACUGGGGAUGA